CGCGGUGGGCAGAGGGCGGGGCGGCGGCGGCACGAGGCGCGGGAAGCGCAGGCGCAGGCGCAGGCGCGGUGGGCAGAGGGCGGGGCGGCGGCGGCACGAGGCGCGGGCGCCUGAGCGUUGGACUGCGGCCUCGGCGGGCAGGCGGGCGGCAUGGCGCGGGUUCGCUGGCAGAUGGUGGCGGUGGCGGCCAUGGGCCUGGCGCUGGCCCUGGAGGCUCUGCCCGCGGCGCUGCGCUGGUUGCGUGUCGGGCGGCGGCGGAGGCCGCGGCACGAGGUGCUCUUCUUUCCGUCGCAGGUAACCUGCACCGAGGCCCUGCUGCAGGCCGCGGGGCCCGGGCCCUCGGCGCCCCCCGCGGGCUGCCAGUGCAGCCUGCCCCACGGCGAGAGCUCGCUGAGCCGCCUGCUGCGCGCCCUGCUGGCCGCCCGCGCCAGCCUCGAGCUCUGCCUGUUCGCCUUCUCCAGCCCGCAGCUGGGCCGGGCCGUGCAGCUGCUUCACCAGCGCGGCGUGCGCGUCCGCGUCGUCACCGACUGCGACUACAUGGCCCUCAAGGGCUCGCAGAUCGGUCUGCUCCGCAAGGCAGGUAUCCAGGUCCGGCAUGACCAGGACCUGGGCUACAUGCACCACAAGUUUGCCAUAGUGGACAAGAAGGUGCUGAUCACCGGCUCCCUCAACUGGACCACUCAAGCCAUUCAGAACAAUCGAGAAAACGUGUUGAUUAUGGAGGACGAAGACUAUGUGAGGCUUUUCCUGGAAGAGUUUGAGCACAUUUGGGAAGAGUUCAACCCUACAAAGUACACCUUUUUCCCACAAAAGAGGAGAAGUCACUGAAGCUCUGCUCUCACUGUGUCUUGGAGUCGGAGGGGAGGGGAGGGUUUAAUGUCAGAACUUCCGGCGCCUCGGGUUGAAACCAGACCAGACGUGCCCGGGCGGCCCGAGAGCGGCCAGUGUGCUGCCUGGAG